AUGUCAGGAGGUUUAGACGUAUUGUCUCUCAAGGAGGAUGAUGUUACUAAAAUGUUGGCCGCGUAUACGCAUUUAGGUGCUGAAAAUGUCAACUUCCAAAUGGAACAGUAUGUGUAUAAGAAGAAGAGCGAUGGAAUCAGCAUUAUCAAUCUGCGUCACACAUGGGAGAAAUUACUAUUAGCAGCACGUGCCAUUGUUGCUAUUGAGCAUCCCAGUGAAGUGUUUGUCAUCAGUUGCCGUCAAACUGGGCAAAGAGCUGUUCUGAAAUUUGCACAACACACUGGAGCUACUCCAAUCGCUGGACGUUUCACUCCUGGUGCUUUCACUAACCAAAUUCAGUCUGCUUUUCGCGAACCACGUCUGCUGAUCGUUACUGAUCCGUCUACCGAUCAUCAACCAAUCACAGAAGCCAGUUACGUAAAUAUUCCGGUAAUUGCCUUCUGUAACACCGACUCGCCUCUUCGUUUCGUUGAUAUUGCAAUUCCAUGUAAUACAAAAAGUCUUCAUUGCGUUGGCCUCAUGUGGUGGUUGUUGGCGAGAGAGGUACUAAGAUUAAGAGGAUCUAUUGCUCGGGAAACCAAGUGGGACGUCGUUGUUGAUUUGUUCUUCUACAGAGAUCCAGAGGAGGCUGAGAAAGAAGAGCAAGCAGCUAAAGAAAUUGCACCAGCCAAAGAUUUUGCUGGAACAGUUGAAGUUGCUGCCACUGCUGAGCCCGGAUGGGUCAACGAAGUUGACACGAGUGCGGUUGCUCCUGAAAAUUGGGCGGAUGACGUAGCAACGCCAACUGCAGCUGCUAUUCCUACUGCAGGAGCUGCGCAAGCAUUCCAAGCCAGUGGAGACUGGGCUGCUCAGGUAAGAAUGAAUUCUUCCAUUUUCAUUAUCAAGCUAAAUUUAAAUAUUACUAUUUAUCAUAUCUUUUAUUUUAGACUUCGGAAGAAUGGUCCACUACGACGCAAUCUGCAGCAGGACAAAGUUGGGGCGGUGCAACAACAGAGAAG